UUCGCUCUCUCGUUUCUCUCAUUGCAACUUUUGCAGGCACUCACUCCACAGACAUGAUCACCAGCUGAAGCCAAGACCUGCAAUUUGGCUCUUUUAUUAGAGCCAAAACACCAUCGAUACCCGUGGAGUUAAGUUGCAGACAUCCUUUUUUCAUCACGCACCCCGGGCCGAUUAUCAAAUUGAAAUUCUGGAUGUGAUUUUUCAUUCUUUUAUCCUUUUUCUCUCCCUGAUGAACUGGGUUAGUAAUGCAGGAGACAGCAGCGAUUCUGUCCGCGGCUCAAGAUGGCAGAUUUUUAUUGAGUUGUGAACAGUGCUGUCGCUUCAUUUUUUGCCAUGAAUAACAGAAAUCCUUGCACCGAUGGCCCCUGUAUACGAAGGUAUGGCCUCGCAAGUGCAAGUCUUCUCCCCUCACACUCUCCAGUCAAGUGCCUUCUUUAGCGUGAAGAAACUGAAGGUGGAGCAGAGUUGCAACUGGGAUAUGACAGGGUACGGCACGCACAGCAAGGUCUACAGUCAGAACAGCAAGCAGAGCGUCUCAGUCGCCCCAGUGGGCAUCAACGCCGCCAGUCUCCAGGUCUCCAACUCUUCCCUGUCCUACGAACAGGCCCUCCUAUUCCCGGCCGGUUCGGGGCACAUUGUAGUGGCCUCGGCUAGCAGCACGUCUGGGGCAGCUGGUCAACUGUUGGGCAGCACCGGGAGCAGUGGAAGCGGCAGCGGAGGCCACAACCUGACGCGCCGCAGCACCGUCAGUCUGCUGGACACGUACCAGCGAUGCGGGCUUAAGCGGAAAAGCGAGGAGCUGGACAACAACAACGGCAGCGGAAGCAGCGUGCACGUGGUCGAGGAGCAGCAACUGCCCGCACCCAUGAUCCAGAACAACGCACAGAGCGGGGCCACCGUCGCAACUGCGACCGCCUCCACCACGGCGACGUCCAAGAACAGCGGCGCCAACAGCGAGGGCGACUACCAGCUCUUGCAGCACGAGGUGCUUUGCUCCAUGACCAACACCUACGAGGUGCUGGAGUUCCUGGGUCGAGGGACGUUUGGGCAGGUGGUGAAGUGCUGGAAACGUGGCACCAGCGAGAUCGUUGCCAUCAAGAUCCUCAAGAACCACCCUUCGUAUGCGCGGCAGGGCCAGAUCGAGGUGAGCAUACUGGCGCGGCUGAGCACGGAGAGCGCGGACGACUACAACUUUGUUCGAGCGUACGAGUGCUUCCAGCACAAGAACCACACGUGCCUGGUCUUCGAGAUGUUGGAGCAGAACCUGUACGACUUCCUCAAGCAGAACAAGUUCAGCCCGUUGCCGCUCAAGUACAUCCGACCCAUUCUGCAGCAGGUGGCCACUGCCCUCAUGAAGCUUAAGAGCCUCGGACUGAUUCACGCUGACUUGAAACCUGAGAACAUCAUGCUUGUAGACCCAGCCCGCCAACCCUACAGGGUCAAGGUCAUCGACUUCGGCUCUGCUAGUCACGUCUCCAAAGCGGUGUGCUCUACUUACCUGCAGUCCAGAUACUAUAGAGCUCCAGAGAUCAUCCUGGGUCUGCCGUUCUGCGAGGCCAUAGACAUGUGGUCCCUGGGUUGUGUCAUCGCUGAGCUGUUCCUGGGCUGGCCGCUCUACCCCGGAGCAUCUGAGUAUGACCAGAUCCGGUACAUCUCUCAAACGCAGGGCUUGCCAGCAGAGUAUCUGUUAAGUGCAGGGACGAAAACUACCAGGUUUUUCAACAGAGACCCUGACUCCACCUAUCCUCUAUGGAGACUGAAGACACCUGAGGACCAUGAGGCAGAGACGGGGAUCAAAUCUAAAGAAGCUCGCAAGUACAUCUUCAACUGCCUGGAUGAUAUGGCACAGGUGAAUAUGACCACAGACUUGGAGGGCAGUGACAUGCUGGCGGAGAAGGCAGACAGAAGGGAGUUUAUUGACCUGCUGACCAAGAUGCUGACCAUCGACGCAGACAAGAGAAUAACGCCCAUAGAAACACUCAACCACCCCUUUGUCACAAUGACACACUUGCUGGACUUCCCACACAGCACCCACGUCAAAUCCUGCUUCCAGAACAUGGAGAUUUGCAAGCGUCGGGUGAACAUGUACGAUACAGUCAAUCAGAGCAAGACGCCCUUUAUAACACAUGUAGCCCCCAGCACCUCCACCAAUCUCACCAUGACCUUCAACAACCAGCUUAACACUGUGCAUAGCCAGGCCACCAACCUGGCUCCCUCUUCCACCAGUGCCACCCUUUCCCUUACCAAUCCCGAUGUCUCCAUACUAAAUUACCAAUCUGCACUCUACCAGCCUUCUGCGGCCCCCAUGGCUGCCGUGGCCCCCAGGACCAUGAACCUCCAACCCGGUGCGCCACAGCUCUGCGCCGCCCGACCCGAUCCCUUCCAGCAGGCCCUCAUCGUCUGCCCACCUGGCUUCCAAGGUUUGCAAGCUUCACCCUCCAAACACACUGGCUACUCGGUGCGGAUGGAGAAUGCAGUUCCCAUAGUAACACAGGCCCCCGGUGCCCAACCUCUACAGAUCCAGCCGGGCCUUCUGACACAGCAGGCCUGGCCGUCUGGGACUCAACAGAUUCUCCUUCCACCGGCGUGGCAGCAGCUCACACACACCUCCGUUCAACACGCCACCGUCAUCCCCGACUCCAUGACCAGCUCGCAGCCUCUGGCCAACUGGAGGAAUUCACAUCCCCAUGGCAGCCAUUACAAUCCCAUUAUGCAACAGCCAGCCUUACUGGCAGGUCACGUCACCCUGCCGUCUCAGCAGCCUCUCAAUGUGGGUGUGGCUCAUGUCAUGAGACAGCCAUCAAACAACAACUCCUCCUCCAAAAAGAACAAGCAGCACCAGAUGAACAACAGGAACGUGUCGGCGUACGACGUGUCCUCCACCCAGCCGGUGACGUCACCUCAACGCUCCAAACGAGUGAAGGAGAACACCCCCCCUCGGUGCGCCGUGGUUCAGAACGGCCCGUCCUCAACCUGCGGCCCAUCACAGACCUGUGGAGGAGGGGGGUGGGGAGGCGAGCAGGCAUGUAGCACCACUCGAGACCACCACGGUCAACACAACCCACCGCGCCAAACCAUCAUCAUCCCCGACACCCCCAGCCCGGCCGUCAGCAUCAUCACCAUCAGCAGUGACACGGAUGAGGAGGACGACCUUAAACAGCCCAGUAACACCAGCACGUCAUCCAAACAGAGGAAGAAUGUCAUCAGCUGUGUGACGGUCCAUGACUCCCCUGACUCUGACUCCAGCAAUACCAGCCCGUACGCUGUGAAGUCCCGGCCUAAUGGCCCCAACGCCAACGGCUACGACUCCAAAGGCGCUGUCCUGGACAACUACAGCAAUGGGAACCCCCGCACCAUCAUCAUCCCUCCACUGAAGAGCCAGGCCAGCGAGAAUCUGGGAGAGUGUGACAGACUCCUGCCUGACACGGUGAACCACCAGAACUCCACCUACAAGUUCAAAACCUCCAAUGGGGGCUUGUCUGGCAACAACCACUCUUCGGGAGGCGUGGUUGGAGGCAUGUCAUACCGUCAGCAGCGCACAGGGCCACACCCCUUUCAGCAGCAGCCUCUAAAUCUCAGCCAGGCCCAGCAGCACAUGGCAGUUGAGCGCAACGGAGGCCACCGGAGGCAGCAGGCCUACAUCACCCCCACUAUGGCCACCCAGGCUCAGUACUCCUUCCACAACAGCCCCACCCACACAGCUAACGUUCAUCCCCACUUGGCUGCUCCUCAUCUGCCCGGGCAGCCACACCUCUACACCUACACUGCCCCCACGGCCCUGGGCUCCACCGGCACGGUGGCCCACCUGGUCGCGUCGCAGGGUUCGGCCCGUCACGCAGUCCAGCACGCUAGCUACCCGCCAGGCAUCGUCCACCAGGUGCCUGUUAGCAUGGGUCACCGCGUGCUGCCCUCGCCCACCCUGCACCACGGCCAGUACCAGGCCCAAUUCGCGCACCAGACCUACAUCAGUGCUUCUCCUGCCUCCACUGUCUACACUGGAUACCCGCUGAGCCCCACCAAGAUGAACCAGUACCCUUACCUCUAAAGCUGAAACACUGGAGCCCAGCCAAUCGCUGCUUACCAUUUCUACCCUUAUCCCACCUAGAGACAGAGAGACAUGCUGAAGCCUAUCGACCCUUAACCCCAUCCCCUUGUUCCUUUCAUGCUUAAACUUGAAGACAAUGAAGACGCCGAUGGAUAGAGGAAGUGUACUCUCGGAGGGAACGGAAGGGUACUGAGGAGUUUUUCUUUUUUUUUUAGAUGAGUUUGCCUUCUCAAAAGGGCCAGUUAACGUUUUAUUUCGUGAUCUGGAGGUUUCGUUUCUUUUAAAACAGAAGAAGGAGAUUUUGCUUUUGUAGUUUCUUUUACAACAUGGUCUCAUCAACAGGCCGUUUGGGAGAGACAGAGUUUAAUUCGAGGGAGAUUUUAAUUGCUUUUCCCUUUCUUGAAUUCAUUCACCGACUGUUGAGCCGAGGUCAUGACGUGGAUGUUUUAAAUUCCUACGAGAAUGUUUUUGGACAAGGUGAAAUACGGAUAUCUGCUGCUCUUCAAAGAAAAAAAAAACAUAACGAUGGCCUUGAACUGUCUUAAACGUUUCCAAAUUACACGCGGCGAGCGGUAUCGUGCAUAUUCCGCCGCGCUCUCCGACAAAAAACACCUGGAGGAAUCUUCUGGAAAUAGGACGACAAAACUUUCUAGUGUAUUUAUAGACUUUUCUUCGUUUGUGUUCACAUUUAGAAAAGAAAAUGCGUUUGUCAUACCGUAGAACAUUAGCUGGGCCCCUCUUUGUAGAAUGUAGCAGUCUGCACCCGUUGAUUUCAUGAAGAACCUUUCUGAUACCAAUAGAUUCUUGUUUUUCCUCUUUCAAUGUGAUUGCACAAAGUGGUUACAAUAACAUAGGCAUGUUCAACACGGUAGACAGUCGUGCGUUUGCGUGCAUGUGUGCGCUCAGCACAUCUGUGCGACAUAUUCCUCCACAGUCUUAGGUUUAUCAUUGUUACCUCGUAGUGCCUUACAUAUAUUACGACAGUUUACUUGGCUGGAAACCCUCUAGAACCAGAUGCUAGUCAGAGAGUUGGCUCCUAGGUUGAACAUCUUCAUUCGAGCUGUUUUGUGUGUUUUUUUUAAGUUCCAGGUGUAAGCGUUAGCCCUAAACGUUAUUUAAAUGCUUCUCGUUUAGCGUGCAUGAGGUCUUCUACAUUUAAAGAUAAAGAUACUUGCCUGGGGUAAUGAACCAAAGUCGUCAUUUAAAGAUAAGUAACUUUUGUUCUGGAUAGUGGAUAUAAUUAUAUAUAGCGUAUUUACUGUAUAUAUCUGUUUUAGUACUUGCAAUCAAUGCAACAUCACUGAUUUUAGGCUACAUAUGUCAUAAAAGGGAGACUAAAUGUAUAUCUUAUGGGAAAAGCCAAGUAUCAUUUAAUCAGUUUGAGAUCGGGCCACACUAUUUGUCUAAAAAUAUAAUAAAACAAACCAGGUUUGAAGAGGUUGUCUGUUUACGAAAGGCUUGACUUGGUUUAGAAACCUGGGAGGGUUCGAGAAGGAGAGUCUUGUUAGGAGUAGGAGGUGCUUGUGGAUUUUGAUGGGAACUGUUGGGAAAGCGAGAGGGCAAAUUCCACAUUUUUAAUGAGAAUAGCAUGUUGGCUUUGAGCACGUUGGUAGAUGCCGAAGGAAGCCGUGCAGCACGACUGCACACCAUACUCUGAUUUAAGCGCUUGUUCAAGGUUCUACGAAGAUCUGUGGGGUUUUUAUUCUCACGUACACUCCGGGGUUCGAACUGCCCCUGGUUGCAUGAGGAUAUCUGCAUCAACAUGCACCGGAAAUCAAUAUUGGCUUUGUCUUUUUCACUGUUUGUCUUACCGUAGGAAUCACUUAUGCUACAGGUGUCAGUCAGUACAGAGAUAACAAAAGUGUAGAAAACUGUGGGCCAAUGCUUGUCUUUUUUUGCUGCUUAUUUAACAUUGAUAUGCUAGCCAAUCAUUUACACUGUGUCCUAACCACGUGCUCCGCAACAACGCUAUUACAAAGACAGGGAAAGUUAUAUAGUACUUUAUAUAAAAUACCUUUCAAAAGUUUGGGGUAAGUUCAAUUUUUCUUUUUUUUAAUUAAUACUUUUGUUUAGCAGAGAUACAUUAAAUUGACCAAAAAUGGCAGUAAAGACAUACAGAGAUCAUAAUGAAAGACGUUGCUAUUUCGAAUAAAUGCUGUUCUUUUGAAUGUUCUAUUCAUCAAAGAAUCUUGGAUAAAAAUGUAUCUCAGUUUCCACAAAAAAAUAUUAAGCAGAAAUAAUAAUUAAUGUUUAUUAAGCACCAAAUCAUCAUAUUAGAAUGACUUCUGAAGGAUCAUGUGACACUGAAGACUGGAAUAAUGAUGCUGAAAAUUCAGCUUUGCAUCAGAGGAAUAAAUUACAUUUAAAAUAUAUGCAAGUAAAAAAACGUUAUUUUAAAUUGUAAUAAUAUUUCACAAUAUUACUGUAUUUUUUGUUAAAUAAGUGCAUCCUUGAUGAACAUAAGAGACUAAAAAUAACCUGAUAAAACUUUAUUAAAAUGUAUUUUUACUAUUUUAAUUAUCUAAGAACGGAAGGAAUACAAAAUAAUACAAAUAAAAUAAUCAAAAGUUUACUUCAAAUUUGAUUCAAAUUAAUUACUAAAAAGGAAAGAAAAAGAUCAAUUCCAUGUGUUUUUUUGUUUUUGCAUUGACCGGACAUUUUUGAUUGGCUGUGAUUCAGAUUUUUUAUUCAGAUUGGCUGUGGCAAUUAUGCGCCUGCUUAGGACACAGUGUUUUAUUUUAUUUUAUUUUUUUCAUUUUUAUGUCUUCAGAUGGGCACAUGCUUAUGGAAUAUCAAAUAUAUCCUAUUCUGCCCUCACGUCAUGCCACAAAACUUACAUUUGAAGUAGUUUUUACUUUGAGAUGUUUCUAUUUUAUUGUUUUACUUUGCUAGGUAUAUUGUGUUCUUGUAGAGAGUGUUGCAAUAAUUCUUGUGGAUGUUUAUUAAUUUCUUUGUUAUAUGUCAAGCAUCAUUUGUUUGAUUUCUGGUGGUCGAUAUGUAACUGUGAUGUUUAGUAUUCAUACGUGGACCCUCGUCUUGUAGGAAGCACAGACUUUGUCCAUGUGCUUGGCCAAGAUCUGACACCAGUUAUGUUGUACCCAAGCCUUCGGUUUGCUAGCUUGUCAGAUUGAUUCAUAAAGCUGUGUGUUAUGACUUAGGAUGCCAAUAGAUUUUUUGUUGUUGUUAUUGUUGUUGUUGUCAAAUAUUUGUUUAAGCUUAAGUUGGAUGCUCAUUGAAGCACACAAUUGAGAAAGGCUCCUUCGACAUUAGUCGCAUAAAACAUUCCAUUCCGGAAGGAGCCGUUUCUGGCAGCACUGAUCUGUAGUCUCCAGUCUCUCUCACCUCACAGGGACCGGCCUGAACGACCAAAUCUGGACUCCGCUGGCAUUUAAGGACUUUUUGUUCUUCCCACCAAAGAAUUUCAGCAUGUCAUUAAUGCACAGACGUGUCCCUUGCUGUAAUGGAGAAGACAGAGUGAGUUUCACUGACAUUUGGAAAAUGAAAAACAUAAAAAAAUACAGGUUAGAUCAGGUCGGUGUCAGAAAAGAACCUGUAGAUGGCAAAACAGAGAUGACAAAAAUAAUGCACUCUCAUGAACUUAGUGCAGUUGCUGUUAGCACAGUAUAAUCCAUUGUUUUUGUUCCUUUCUCAUACCUUUUGUCAGUGUUAGUGUGGACAAAUCUCCCAUUUUUGAAUCCAAGAGGAUUUGUGUAAGAAAUAAGGCCCUUAUGUUUUUAUUUUUUUGUAUUUUUUUUUUAUUUUUAGAAAUGUCAAUCCCACAUUAAUGCUUUAUUUCAGUUAUUAAAGCUGCUGUGUGUAAUUCUUAUAAGAGUAUAUAAACACUGAACAUCGCUUUGCUUUCAUACAGCAGCAUUAGAUCCACCAAUGGUGUGUAAUGUGGGCGUGGCUGUUAGUCUGACCAAUGGAAAAUUGGGUGUGUGUUUUUUUUUUUUUUUUUUUUCAUUUCUUUUUGAUACCAUUAGUGAUGCAUAAAUUACACAUUGCAGGUUUAAAUUUCAGCUUUUUACAAAAUUAUUUUGGUUUUAACUACAUAUGCAAGAAUCGCAUAGAUAAAUUAGUGUUUCAUAUAAUGGCCUGUGAAUUAAAUCCAGUGUCGUUACCGUUUAUGAAUUGGUCACUAGUACAAAAUGAAUGUAAAAUUUCUGAUCUACACAUCAUGAUUAUGUUGGAUUGCUCUGGCUAGCAAUCAAUUUCACUUGAUCUAGCAUUGAUUUGACCCAAAUUGCAAUUCAUUUUAAUCCAAAUUAUGCAGUUUGAUGUGUUUUAACUAAUUUAAAUCAUAGAAAGCUGUAUUGACUCUACAAAUAUAUUAAUUAUGAACAAGUCAAGGUUUUUUUUUUUUUUUUUUGGAGAUUCAGUUUGUCUGAACUGUAUACAUUAACAAAGACAGUAAUUUUAAGUUACCAAAAUGCGCUAGAAAGAAGCAUUAAUGCAAUUUACAAUUUUGUUUUCCAUCUUAUGUCAAAAUUCUGCCUUCUCCUUUAUUAACUGCGCAUGAAGCUUUAAGGAACCGUGAAUAUGUGUUUUAUUGGUGAUUUUGGGGGUUUUGUUAUACAUUUAGCUUCAUGAAUAUACAACCUACAAUCAAAAUCCAACUUCCGACGUUACCGAAAGCGAUGGAUUCCGCCAUUAUAAGGACUGAAAAACAUUCCUAAACACUCAUUGCCAGUCAGACCCUGAAUGGCUCCCAAAUCAACACUUGUAAAGCACAUGAUCAUGAAUUAACUCCAAGCUUGCAGAAAUCACAAUGGAUUAUUGUUAUUUUUUGUCAUUGAAGUGGCCACAGUACUUCCACAAUUGUAAAGCUCCUUUUGUUCUGCUUGUUUUGGUCUGAUUUUUCUCUCAUGUGUGGGCUGAAACGGAAACAUUAGGGGUUAAUGCACCAUUGAACUUGUGUAUGAAUGUGCUAAGAGGCCAAAUAUGACAAUACGGCCAUCUUCAUAUGUUGUUUUAGAACCAAAAAAAGCAAAACAAUAAUCGUUACGCCCAAGAACACUCAUCGGUCAACUUUUUGUUGUUGUUUAAUCUACAGCAUAGUCUCUGUCAGGAGUGUGUAUUGCAGAGUGACAUUACUACGAGCGUGUAAAGCGUAACGUAUUCACACGUAGAUACGAAUCACCAGUGAACGUAUUUGUGCAGAAACGUCACUCACCACACGAGUCGCCACAGUAAACCCGUUAUGUAGCUGUGAUGCACUGUAGCCGUUUGUGCAGCCAUCGAAGACGUGAACAAUUUUCUACUUGCACAGCAGCGAACAUUCACAGUCAGAUGUAAAAACUAAAUAUUUUUCUACGAUGUUUCAAGACCUAAGAAAGCAUCCGACCCCCGACCCCUGAUUUUUGUCGAUUGCUGUAUGGUUUUCUCAGUAGUGUGUAUCACAUUAGUUGUUGUCAAAGCUAUUGUGUGCUGCAGUAUUUCCAGGUAUACUUCUUUGUUUAUUGUCCUUUUUUAUUAUAAUUAUUAUAAUUUUGCUUUGUUUAUUGGGGAUUUGAAGAAGUGUGAUGUCUCAUUAUUUCAAUCUGUUAACGUAGCAUUAUAUGUACCCUGUACCUUAGGCUAAUAUUAUUAAGUAUGCUAUGAGAAUGGAUAUUUUACUGGCUUUAUAGAAUGUUAAAAUGAAUAUAAUAAUGACAAUAAUAAGAAUGAUUUAACUCCUAAAAAUUGAGUACUUGCUACUAAGCGCUUGUGUUACCAUUACAAAUGUUGUGUGCUUCUCUUAAUAAUUUUCGUUGUAGAAAAAAAAAAAACCUGAGUGAAUUUUAUUAGGCUUCAACAACUAAUGAUAGCAGUGUAAAUUCAUGGAGGAUUUUUAACAAACCUGGGGGUUAUAGAAGAAUAUAGUUAUUUUAAUCGUUCUAUUUACUAACUGUAGGGUGUGAAGGGGCUCGCGUCGUGGUGAACUAUGUUAUAGCUUGUUAUUCACUGUUACUUUUGAUCAUUUUUCGGUCUCCAAGGUGAAUCGAGUUAUUAAAGGAAAUUUGUAUGCUCACAUAUGCAUAUUGUAUAUGUGUAGAAAUGUAAUCACACUUUGUCUUGGAUUUACAUUAAACUGUUAAGUCACGG